CCCUAAACCGACCCGAACCUAGCCGGAAAAGCCAUUUGGGUGGGCUAUAUAGACAUAUAUAUAUGAAUUCAAAUGUGAAACACUUGCCAUUCAACGAGGUUUUCACUGGCGCACACGGGCGAUCCCAACUUCAUAUCCUUUCCAAAAUUACCUGCACCCCAAGUGAAACGAAACGAAGCGAAGGCGACAGCUACAGGCCACGGCGCGAGGCCAACAACAACAAACACUUCUAAUCGCACCGCAUUGGCAAGAAAAAGUAGCGAAAACGAGAACGAAGCACGAACCGACGAAGAGACAACAAAGAGGAAGGCAAAACAGCAGUGGCAGACUCUUCGCCCUAAAAUUAAAGGAACGGUGCAGAAACUAAUAUUGAGCAGAGGGCAGGGGCCAGCAGAGAGAGGCAGCUACAGCUAGCGAUGGCACACCAGGCAGACACCGAGGCCUUGGCUGCCGAACUGGCCAAGGCUGUGGAGGUGAUAAUGCAUCCGAUGACGCAGCAGAACUCUCGCCUGGAGGCCUACAUGGCAUGCGAGCGAUUCAAGGAGGAGUCCCCGCUCUGUGCACAGGUGGGCCUGCUUCUGGCCGGCUCGCCCCAGUUUAAUCAGCAGGUGCGUCACUUUGGUCUGCAACUGAUCGAGUACACAAUCAAAUACAAAUGGAACUGCAUCACGCACGAGGAGAAGGUCUACAUCAAGGACAAUGCCAUCAAGAUGCUGAACAUCGGUGUGGGCCCCGCCGAGGAUCGAUCGCUGUUGCCCCUGAAGAACGCCCUGUCCAAGAUCAUUGUCGAGAUGAUCAAGCGCGAGUGGCCGCAGCAGUGGUCCGACCUGCUGCCCGAGCUUAGUGCCGCCUGCACCAAUGGGGAGGCCCAGACGGAGCUGGUGCUGAUGGUCUUUCUGCGUCUGGUCGAGGAUGUGGCCCUGCUGCAGACCAUCGAGUCGAAUCAGCGCCGCAAGGACAUGUAUCAGGCGCUCAACAACAACAUGAACGACAUCUUUGAGUUCUUUCUGCGCCUGGUGGAGCAGCAUGUGACGGCGUUUCGCGAAACCACGCGUCUGGGCAACUUCCUCAAGGCGAAUGCCCACAGCCGUGUCGUCGAGAUGGUGCUCCUCACAUUGAGCGGCUUUGUGGAAUGGGUCAGCAUCCAGCACGUGAUGUCCAACAACGGCAAACUCAUGCAUUUCCUUUGCAUUCUACUCAACGACAAAGCAUUCCAGAGCAAUGCGGCCGAAUGCCUCGCCCAGAUCACCAAUCGCAAGGGCCAGGCCAAGGAGCGUAAGCCCCUGAUGCAGCUGUACAACGAGGAGCCGCUGCGCUACAUAUUCUCAUCCAGCCAGAUACCGGCCGACACCAGCUCCUCGCUGGCCAUCGAGCAGCAGCACCUGUUCCUCAAGAAGCUGCUGGCGGUGCUCAAUGGCAUGAACCAGCAGCUGGUGGCGCUGUGGGGCAAGGACGAGUCGACACAGCGGCCCGUGCACUUGGAGAUAAUGCUCGAGUGCCUGCUGCUGCUGGUGCAGCAUCCAUCGCUGAGCGUUGCCCAUGGGGCCGCACAGAUCUGGCAGCUGUUGCUGAAGCACGAGCUCUGCUCGAAGGACUUUGCCAUGAUCAACUACAUUCCCAAACUGAUCCACACGAUUGCGCCGCGGAUUGUGAAGCUGCCGUAUCCGCCGGCCAGCUCGCCCACGAGCCUCACCACGGAGUCGUACAUCCGCAUGGACUACGACAGCGAGGAGGAGUUCACGCUGUACUUCUUCCGCUGCCGCACCGACUUCCUGGAGAUCUUUCGCCUGGCCACCCUCGUCCAGCCCCUGGUCACCUACGGAUUCUGUGAGCAGUGGCUGCAGUCGCGCCUCCGCAAUGCCGUUGCCGAGAGCGCUGGGAUGUCGUGCAGCGUGCUGGAUCCUGUCUACCUCGAGUGGGAUGCCCUCGUGAGCGUGCUGGAUGGUGUGCUGAGCCGCAUUUUGCUCGUCUCGGAGCGUCCCUCGGUGCCGGCCGGUCUGCGUCUGCUGGAGGACUGCCUGAAGCUGGAGACCACAAAUCCGUUGAUCUACUCGAUUCUGCUCUCCUGCAUAUCGGCCCUGUUCGUCUUUCUCAGCAUGUCCUCGUGCCAGAUAACCUCCAACAACUGUGUGGCCAUGAACGGUGUCACCCUGCUGCCCCGCGUCCUCGACAAGAUCUUUCGCGCCCUCGUCCUGAAGCCACCGAACGAGCUGGAUAAGGUGCAGGUCAAAGCGGCCAAGAACCUGCGCCGCCAUGCCGCCUCUCUGCUGGUCAAGCUGGCCCACAAAUACCCGCUGCUGCUGCUGCCCGUCUUCGACCAGAUCAACAAUCACGUGCAGCUGCUGCUGAAGGAGCCCAACCGGCACCAGCUGUGCCGCGUGAUGCGCACCACCCUGCAGGAGGCCCUCAUCCUCAUCUCCAAUCACUUUUGCGACUACGAACGCCAGACGGCGUUCAUUGAGCACAUUGUCCUGGAGAAGCGCUCCGAGUGGCUCUCCUUUGAGGAUGCCUUCAAGUCGGCGCUGCAUUUCAUGCGCUUCGUCGGCCUGGACAAGCCGCCCGUGUUUGCCAUUGACAGCGAUCCGGCGGUUCCGAAUCGGUCGCGCAUCAUCGACGCCCUCCAUGUGGUCCUGGGCGUGGUCAAGCGAUGCACAUGGCCCGACGACCCGGAUCGUGCGCAGCGCGGUGGCUUUGUGAUCGCCUGCACCGAGGUGGGCAAUCCCAUCUGCCGUAACCCGGCCACGAAGCAUGUGGUGCCGGUGCUCUCCCACGUCCUCAACCUGAUGCGUGUCCUCAACGAGAUGUUCACCCCCGAGGCAUUGGCCGCCCUCUCCGAGGGCUAUCGCAACAUCCACGGCAUGCUCGAGCACGAGAAGAAGCUGCUAAUGGGCAUCUGUGCGCUGCCAGCCGAUCCCCUGGACACCACCAUCAAGCGGGAGCCCACCGCCUUCGAGAAGAUGCAAACAUUCAUGAUGCUGGUCACGGAGGGGUGCUACCAUCUGAUGGGCUCCGCGGGACCAUCGCUGGGGCGCGAUCUCUACCAAUUGAAUGGCAUGGCGAGUGCGAUCAUCACGAAUGUCUUUAGCUGCAUGGACAUCAUUCCGGACUACCGCAUGCGUCCCAUCAUCCGUGUGUUCUUCAAGCCCUUCGUCUACUCCUGCCCGCCCAUCUUCUACGACGAUGUGCUGGUGCCGCUGUUCGCUCAUCUGACGCCGCUGAUGUGCGAACGCCUCACCAGACGCUGGCUCUACAUAUCAUCGCUGUACGAGAGCGGCCAGCUGACGGGCGAGGUCAACGAUACCCAGGAGGUGCUCGAGGACCAGCUGAAUCGCACACUGACGCGUGAGUAUCUCGAUGUGCUGAAGAUAGCGCUGGUGGGUGGCCAGAUUGGGUCCGACCAUGUGGCCUCUGGCGGCGGCACCGCCAAUGUUGUGGCCAUGGAGAACGAGGAGCACUCGAUGGACAGUGCGCCCCAGUCGCGGGCCUCACAGUCGGCCCUGCUCUCGGACAUCAUCAGCGAUUUGGGGGGCAAGUUGCUGCGCAACGACUUCAUCGGCAACUACAUCCUGAUGACCCUACUGAAGGCGAUCGCCUGGAACGACGGCAUGGUGAACAUGAAGGCCGUCAACAUAGCGGCUCCAGUGAUGCGCUUCCUGGCCGCCGAACAUCUGAUGGACGAGAACAAGGCGGUGAGCGCGUUCACGGCCGUGCUACAGGGCAUGCAGGUGCAUGGACAGCACGAGGCUAACCAGUCCGGCCUGAUCACAUUGGGUGUGCAAUUCUACGAGCUGUUGCGCCCCAAAUUCCCGAUACUCAGCGAGGUGCUACAACACAUUCCCAGCGUGAAUGCGGCGGACAUUCAGAAGUUCGAUGAGAAAACCGCCGUGGCCCCCGUCAAGGGGAACAAGGUCGAUCGCGCCAAAAAGGAUAUAUUCAAGAAGCUGACCGCCCAGCUGGUGGGGCGCAGUGUGAACCAAUUAUUCCGCCAUGAGGUGCAGAUUGCCAAUCUGCCACCGAUGCAGCCGCACAAACUCAAGUCCACGGGCACGGGCACCACGAGCCACAACAUCAUGGAUAGCAAUCAAAACGCCAAUCUGACCAAGCUCUUUGGUUCGGACAAGUGACAGGGGCCGCCGAGGAGGAGGAGACGAAGGCCCCGCGGCGGAGGAGCAGCAGCCAAGCCAGCAGCGGUCACCAAGCAUACCAAUACCAACACCACCACCACCACCACCACCACCACAAACGCCUCAGCCGUGGCGGGUCCAGUUCUGGUUGAAGUUCCAGUUCCAGUUCCAGUCCCAUUUGCUGACUCGGGAACGGGCACGGACACUGGCACGGGCACGACGGGCAUUGCCACGGUCACCUCGGCUGCCAAACUAGCGACGACUGAACUUAAAGUAAUAGUUAACUAGCUAAGAAGAUGGAGCCGCUGCUGCUCUCCGUUUCCGGAGAGGAUGAAGCGCGCGUGAAAACGAUGGCGGCGCACUCCCAGAGACCCAGAGCCCCAGCCCAGUCCCAGUUCAGUCUUAAAAAAAAAAAAGAAUGAUGAAAUUUUAACUCUAAAUUAUUUAUUAUAUUAAUUAUCCAGUAAAAUUAGUUUAGUUAGGUCCCCCUCCCUCCCCCAUGCCCCAUGCGCCACGCCCAAGCCAUCGCUCCUAACUCUUAUUAUUAUUAUUUUAUAUCCAUGCAGUGAAGAAGGGACUUGUCCACUGCCUUGUUAUUUAUUAUUCGGAAUUUGUUAAAUUUGCCUACUGCACAAAGAGAAGAGAUAGGGAGAGAGAGUCGAAUGGGAUCGAUAAUACCAACCAUAAUGCCAAUACUCGAAAAACGCUUACGU